CCGUUUGAAUACCCUGGCUGCAGGUCGUCGUAGUCAAAUUAUAGACUUUCGGAUAAAAUGUUCAAUAUCAGACUCGCGUCAUUAUACGCGCUAAAUGCGAGUUACAAGCAGUGCGUUGAUGAUGAGUUAUACGGUCGAAUGGUUCGAAUCGGUCCAAGGCGAUUUUAUGAAUAAAAGCCACUCGAACUUCGGAAUUCGUGUUUUGUUUUGUUUUUUUAUUUUGGCUCUGUACGAUACACCGCAAGUAUUUGGUUUACGAUCAGCGCCAGCAUCGGUUACUGCUGUACGAUGUCUGGAACGUGGAAAAUAUUAUUUUAAACAUUGUACAUUGUAUAGUUCGUGCCGAGGAGUAUAAUGUAAAAAAAAGGAAUCCGUUUCGCGAGGUCUUAUAAUCGCGCGUGUUACGUAGGCGCCGGACGCCGAGUGGAGUUUCGUAAGGUUUCGUGACGUUUGCGAAAAAAUAGAAACAUCAUAAACCACGUGGGUUCUCUUGCAUCGCCGGUGACGAUUUUGCGCGGAAUUUCUUGGCAGCCUGUUUCUAUUUAAAUACUUCAAUUCCGUCAGUUGAGCGUUCAUUAUAUUAUAGAGCUAUAGUGUUGGGAUGAUACACUAGGUGUGUGCCUACACGACUAAUUUAUUAUUGUUAAUAUUAUAUAUUAAAAUUUCACGUCGCCAUGUCUUUCCUCGACAUCGUCUCGAAAUUCAACCAACAAGCCGACAGCCAUUCGAAAUCGCAGUCUUUGAACCCGUUUUCAGAACAAUUCGAACAGUCGCGAUCGCCGUCGCCCCGAUUUUCCCGGGAGGAAUACGGAAAGCCUAUAGCGGGCUCUAAAACGGAUUUGAGGGGACGAAAAGCAAAGUCUCACAUCUGCCGAGAGAUAUUAGAACUUUGCACGGUCAUACACGACGUCGGCACGUACAAUACGAAAAAGAGAGACCCCGACGACGACGACGAACAUUGUAUCGACGACGGUACGAUUAUCGUUAGUUUUGGCGAACUUUUUCAGAUUUACACGAAAAUAUCGGACAAAGUGGUGGGUCUGUUGAUAGCGGCCAAACGCCGUGGUUUCGUGUAUUUCGAUCGGGAAAUACUUUUUCAAAGAAGAGAUGACGACGUACUGAUCGCUCUGUUAAAACCAAUUUCCGAAAUCAGCAAAAUAUUAAAAGAGGAUAUAAGUCAGGCAAACUCGUCGGCACCUGUCGAGUCGAAACCAGUCGAAAAAAAAAAAUCAUCAUCAUCCAGUAAAACGAAACGAGUUAAACCCGAGUGUAAUAAAGAACAAAAUGAAAUGUCAUCUAAUCAUGUGACGAUCAGUGACCAACCAAAUGCCAUAUCAGAAGUUACAAAUGGCGAUACACUGGUCGUAGAAGUCGGAGUCGACGACGACCAUAAAACAAAUUGCGAUGAACCAAUAAACGUUGAAAACGUCGAAAGCAACGAUGGUCAUAGUACAAAUUGUAAUGAACAAGUCGACAAUAAUUUCGACGGAGGAGAAUUAGUUAAUAAUGUUAUUGAAAUUUCAGAAAAUACGGAGAACCAAUGUAUUCAAGUAGACGAUAAUAUGUCGGAAGUAGUGAACGGUUUAGUUAUUGAUGACGAAAUUAAAACGAAAGAAAUCGAUGGUUUUGAUGUAGUUAUUGAAAAUAAGAGCGAAGUCUGUGAUUUGGCAUCGGACGACAAUAGCGGCGAAGUGCGGGCGGAAGUCGAAAAUAUUCAAAGCGAAACGUGUGUUGAGAUUAAUAAAACUCAUACGAACGACAGUCAAGGAGACGUGACAGAAGAAAGUAUUAACAACGUCGUCGUCAGCGGUAGCGAAAAUAACAUCAAUAACGAAACAGAACACAUAUGUUUGUAAACCAUCAGCAUUCGGAUCCGAAUGAGAAAUGUCUACUUAGUACGUUUCUUAAAAAAUAUUCCAUAGAUAAGUUUAAAAUGUAAGUUGAAAAAUAAAUUGGUGUAGGUGAUGUAGGUAUCGAAAACAAUACAAUUAUUACCUAUUGAAAUAUUAUAUAUAUAAAAACGCUGCCGACAAACCAAUCUUUUAGUACAUAUAGUGCAGUGUUUGAUUUUCACGAUUUAUGAUAAUAUAAUUACCUAUAAACGCUGUAGGAUAAAUUUAAUAAUCAUAAAUAGAAAUACUUACCUAAAUUUAUGAAUACGCUGCAGUAGGUUAAUAAUAUUGUACAUUAUCUUUGUAAAUAAUAUUUAUUUUGUGUACACUAUGGGUAAACGUUUUAAAAUCACCUAGAGAUGCAACUGGUAACAUUUUGAAAUAUGAUGCUUAAUUUUAUUGUAACUGCAUAAUCCUAUAUGUAAAUAUAUAUAAAAAGGAAUAGUUCGUUAUAUUUUAAAUUACAUCUGUAAUUGGGUCUUAACAGGUAAAUUGAGCUACAAGGACCGCAUAUUUGAUGUGAUAAAUUUAGAAACAUUAUUGUUAUUAUUGAAAAUUCAUUUUUCUUUCUUAAUUAACUAUAAUUUAAAUUUGAUAUGUAUUACGAUUAAUUUAUUUUAUUAUUGUUUUAUUUUUAGAUAUAAUUAUAACAGAAUAUAUUAUAGUAAAAAAAGAUUUAAAAAAAUGAGGUAAAUUUAAGAUUACUCAAGUAUAAUAAUUAUUGUAUUUCCAAUUGAGUUACCUUAAUUAAAUAUAAUUUUUAAAUAUAUAAUUAAAUAUGUACUUUUUAUAAUAAAAGUUAAAAAAAAAUUAUGUACAUUCAUAUAUAAAAUUGUUUAUGUUCAUGCCUUUGAUAUAUUAUGUAAAUUAUCUUGUAAGUGAAAAAAUGUUUAAAAUGUGUUCAAACUUCAAAAAAUAUUUGUUGUUCCCCGAUAAAAUAUGUGUUAUUUAUUAAGUACAUUUAAUUUGUUGAAAAUGUAGAAAGUCUAAAGUGCUAGUUAAGACCAAGUAAAAAGAAAAAAAAAAUAUUCAAUUUAUAAUAACAAUUAUUAUUAUUUCUUUAAAAUAUACUGUUAUAUAAAUAUAUAUAUGUAUGUAUAUAUCAUUCAUCAAAAACGAUUUAAAAUUAUAAUUUAUUUUCUCUGUAUUUAAAAUGCUCUUAAUUUAUUGCAAUUAAAACAUUAUUUAACGGUGAUUAAGAUGUAUUUUGUAAAAUUAAUUAAUUGUAAAAUGUAUAAAAAUGUUACAAGACAAUAUAAUUUAUUGCGUACGUAAAUAAAAUAUUUAUUGAGCUA